AUGAGCUUUUGUAACCUUGUUCCUCGCCCUCUCCUCUUGUCUUUCCCUCACUCACUCCUGUUCCCCUUCAUCCUGUCCUCAUCCCCUCACUCAUCUAAUGUUCCCCGCCCUCCUCUCCUCGCCCCUCCCCUCCUCUCCACUUCCCCUCACUCAUCUAAUGUUCCCCUCCCUCUUUUCCUCAUCCCCGCCCUCCUCUCUUCUUUCCUCCCGCUACUCUCAUCUUCCUCCCGCCCGCCGUGCAGACAAGCUUUGGCUGUCCUCACUUGCGUCACUGCAGGAUUUGGCAGCACUGUGGUACUUCCCGAAUGCACUGUCCCUCCUUUCCCACGCUCGUCCCCUCACCAUCCCGCCAUGGUCUCAUCAGGUACCCCCUCUCUGCGUCCCUUCAUCAUCGGGAGGAUCCGGCUGCGGUGCUCCAGGGAGGGAGCACGCACUGUCCUCCCCCUCUUCCCCCUCCCAGCUCGUUCCUCUCCCAUGGUCGCAUCAGGUCCCACUUCUCCCUGCCUUCCCUCACCAUCCUCCCAGGGCGACACCCUGAGGGGAAGUGUAUCACGGGAGGAUCUAACAGCGCUGGCAGUGCCGCCGCCAACACGCGAAACGUACUGUUUCCCCCUUACCCCACUCGUCCUUCCCCCAUUGUUGCACGCUCUCUCUUUGCCUCCUCCCAUCCCCCCAGGGCGACAACAUGAAGGGCAGCAUGUCACGGGAAAGGAUCUACCAGCCAUGGUGCAAGGAGAACUGAAUCCCUUCCCCUCCCUCCCAAUUCGGCGGCGCCAUGAGGGGCAGCGUGUCGCGGGAGGAUAUGGCAGCCGUGGUGGCGGCAGCGCUGGCAGUGCCACCGCCCUCCCAGCAGAGACCCAUCAUUGA